CUUAACUGUUUACUUCAUCCUCGUUUGCCUCGACCUCGACGACGAGCAUCGCGGAAGACUAGGCAGUCUCGCAAUGCUCUCCAGGCAAGCGCUCCGUCGCUUGCGGGCCUGUCGCCCAUCUGUUCUUCCUUUUUAUCAUUACCAUCCCUCCUCGGUUGCCCAAAGGCGUGACUAUGCGACUCCAUCGCCCUCAACCAAUGACCCCUUUGCCAACGGCACCAAUUCGUAUUAUGCCGACGAAAUGUACAAGCAUUGGAGGCAGGACCCGAAGUCUGUACAUGCAUCCUGGGACGCGUAUUUUUCCGGCAUGGACAAGGGUCUGACGAGCGCACAAGCCUUCCAUCCGCCUCCCAGUCUGGUGGCUGCUCCAGCUGAUGGAGCACCUGCGCUGUAUGCUGGCGGCGCGGCAGAGCUUGACGACCAUCUCAAGGUUCAAUUGCUCGUUCGUGCCUACCAAGUGCGGGGUCACCAUGUGGCUGAACUGGAUCCCCUCGGAAUUCUCGAUGCUGAUCUGGCGGACGUUCACCCUCCUGAACUAGAGCUCAGUAGAUAUGGUUUCACAGAGCGCGAUCUGGACAAGGACAUCACUCUUGGACCCGGUAUUCUCCCUCAUUUCGCUACCGAGGACCGGAAAACGAUGAAGUUGGAUGAGAUUAUAAAACUUUUGAAGCGGAUAUACUGCGGUGCCGUCGGCAUCCAGUAUGUGCACAUUCCGGACAAAGAAAAUUGUGACUGGAUUCGUGAACGCGUAGAAAUACCCAAACCAUGGAAUUACACCGUUGAGGAGAAGCGAAUGAUCCUAGACCGUCUUAUCUGGUCAGAAUCAUUUGAAAAGUUCAUCGCGUCUAAAUAUCCCAACGAGAAGCGAUUCGGUCUGGAGGGAUGCGAGGCUCUUAUUCCCGGUAUGAAGGCUCUCAUAGAUCGGUCAGUGGACCACGGUGUGAAGCACGUCACGCUUGGUAUGCCUCACCGUGGAAGAUUGAACGUCUUGGCUAAUGUCAUUCGGAAACCCAUCGAGGCUAUUUUGAACGAAUUCAGUGGUACGGAGGAUGAUGACUCGCCAGCUGGAGAUGUCAAAUACCAUCUUGGAGCAAACUACGUCAGGCCUACUCCCUCUGGAAAGAAAGUAUCGUUAUCCCUGGUUGCCAACCCUUCGCAUUUGGAGGCUGAGGAUCCCGUUGUUCUUGGCAAAACACGCGCUAUUCAGCACUUCGAAGGAGAUGAGACUACUCACACCACUGCUAUGGGUGUUCUUCUUCACGGAGACGCCGCGUUUGCCGGUCAAGGCGUGGUUUACGAAACUAUGGGCAUGCACAACCUCCCUUGGUACGGUACCGGUGGAACCAUCCACUUGAUCGUCAACAACCAAAUCGGUUUCACCACUGACCCUCGAUUCGCCCGCUCUACUCCUUACCCGUCUGAUAUCGCUAAAUCCAUCGAUGCCCCCAUCUUUCACGUGAACGGUGACAAUGUGGAGGCAGUAACUUUCGUUUGCCAACUCGCUGCUGACUACCGAGCCAAGUACAAGAAGGAUGUUGUCAUUGACAUUGUCUGCUACAGGCGUUAUGGACACAACGAGACUGACCAACCGAUGUUCACCCAGCCACGGAUGUACAAAGCGAUCCAGGAACACCCGUCUCCUCUCACCGUGUACACCAAAUUCCUUGUUGGCCGUGGAACGUUCACCGAGAAGGACAUUGAGGAACACAAGAAGUGGGUAUGGGGCAUGCUGGAGAAGUCCUGGUCAGGCGCGAAGGACUACGUGCCUACGAGUAAGGAGUGGCUGUCCGCGUCAUGGCAAGGAUUCCCAUCCCCCAAACAGUUGGCGGACCAGACUUUGCCUACCCGCGUGACCGGCUCCGACGAGGCUACCCUGAAACGCAUUGGCAAAGCUAUUUCGACCUACCCUGCUGGUUUCACUCCUCAUCGCAACCUCGCACGUAUCCUUGCCACCCGAGGAAAGACCGUCGAGGAAGGUACGAACAUCGAUUGGUCUACCGCCGAGGCAUUGGCUUUCGGUUCAUUGGCUCUGGAGAAGAUUCACGUCAGAGUUUCUGGACAAGAUGUUGAACGCGGUACAUUCUCACAGAGGCAUGCUGUCAUCCAUGAUCAGGUCAAUGAGUCACAGUACAUUCCUCUCAACGAUCUUGGUUCAUCCCAGGCUCGAUUUGUCGUCUGCAACUCGUCCUUAUCCGAAUACGGUUGCCUUGGAUUCGAGCUCGGUUACUCGUUGGUUUCACCCGAUGCAUUAACCAUGUGGGAGGCACAGUUCGGUGACUUUGCCAACAAUGCGCAGUGCAUUAUCGAUCAGUUCAUUGCUGCUGGUGAGAGAAAGUGGUUGCAAAGGACUGGUUUGGUUAUGAGUUUGCCUCAUGGAUAUGAUGGUCAGGGACCUGAACACUCUAGUGGAAGGAUUGAGCGGUUCUUGCAGCUCUGCGAUGACCAUCCGAAUGUUUUCCCUUCAAAGGAGAAGAUUGAAAGGCAGCAUCAGGAUUGUAACAUGCAAGUUGUCUACCCAACAACUCCUGCCAACUACUUCCAUGUCCUUCGUCGCCAGAUUCACCGGGAUUUCCGCAAGCCUCUCAUCGUGUUCUUCUCUAAAAACCUUCUCCGUCACCCUAAAGCUCGCUCUGAUUUGGCCGAAAUGAUUGGCGAAACUAACUUCCAGAGAUAUAUCCCCGACAGCCACCCAGACUGUUUAGUUGCGCCUGAGCAUAUCAGGAGGCAUAUCUUGUGUACUGGCCAAGUUUACCAAACUUUGGUGGCUGCAAGAGAGGAGCGAGGUAUCACCGACAUUGCCAUUAGCAGAAUCGAGCAGAUUUCGCCAUUCCCCUACGAUAUGUUGACCCCUCAUCUCGACAAAUAUCCCAACGCCACUCUCUUGUGGUGUCAGGAGGAACCCUUGAAUAACGGUGCUUGGAGCUAUGUUGGUCCUAGGAUCUACACCGCUGCCAGCAAGACCGAGAACCACAAAGGAAAAUAUCCGUUGUAUGCCGGCAGGGAUCCUACUAGCUCUGUAGCUACUGGAAGCAAGACCCAACAUAAGAAGGAAAUUGAGCAAUUCCUUAAUACGGCCUUUGAUCUCUCCACGACGCAUCGGGAUACUCACGCAUACGACUAAUUUUCUUUAAUUUUCUUCUUCUAUUUUGAA